AUCAAGGACGAUAGCGAAGGCCACCUGAUAUACAAACUGAAGGAUGUUCUGAUGGAUAGAUUCGAAAUUAUAAGCACCCUUGGUGAAGGAACAUUUGGGAAGGUGGUUGAGUGCAAAGAUAGAAGCAGUGGCGACAGAGUAGCCCUGAAGAUCAUAAAGAACGUGGACAAGUAUAGGGAAGCAGCGAAACUUGAAAUCAAUGUCCUCAAGAAGAUUGCCGAGAAGGACCCGCUCGCUGAGUUUUCUUGUGUACGCUUGCUGUCACAUUUCGACUUCUGCGGCCACAUCUGCCUCACUUUCAGCCUGCUCGGAUUAUCUGUUUUUGACUUUCUCAAGGAGAACAGCUACCAGGCCUACCCAAUGGAGCAGGUUCGACACAUCUCAUACCAGCUCGUCAGAUCCGUCAAAUUUCUGCACGACAAUCAUCUGACGCACACGGAUUUGAAGCCGGAGAACAUACUGUUCGUCAACUCGGACUUUACGACGUCCACCAAUCCAAAGAAGAAGAAACCAAUAAAAACGGUGAAAAAUUCUGAAAUAAGGUUGAUAGAUUUUGGCUCGGCGACAUUCGACGACGAGCACCAUAGUACAGUUGUGUCGACCAGGCACUACAGAGCGCCUGAAGUCAUCCUCGAGAUCGGUUGGAACCAGGCAUGUGAUGUUUGGAGCAUGGGCUGCAUCAUUUUUGAACUUUAUACUGGCUUCACGCUCUUUCAGACCCAUGACAAUCGUGAACAUCUGGCCAUGAUGGAAAGGGUCCUCGGUUCAAUUCCUUACAGAAUCGCUAAAAAAACAAAGACUGGUUAUUUUUGGCACGGUCGCCUUGAUUGGAACUAUCACAGUGUAGCUGGAAAGUUCGUUCGUGAGAUGUGUCAACCGCUCUAUCGCUACAUGGCGUGUGACCAGUUGGAGCACCGCCAGCUGUUUGAUCUGAUCGAGAAGAUGCUAGAGUACGACCCGAACGAUCGAGUCACUCUCACCGACGCCAUCAAACACCCCUUCUUCGACACACUCCCUCCCCUUCAAACUUCCUCCACACCCGCGCCCCUGGCCAACAACUCAGCCCACCAAAAAGAUAGGACCAGUCGGUGA